AUGACGAAAGGCAUCGCUGGCAUUGGAAAGACAUUUGCUGUCCAAAACUUUGCUCUAAGCUGGGCAGAAGGAAAAUCUAACCAGCACAUUGAUUUCAUCUUUGUGCUCCCCUUUAGAGAGCUGAACAUGCUCAGAGAUGCCGACUACAGUCUGCUGCAGCUUCUCCUUCACUUCUACCCUGAAAUAAAACCCCUAGAAGGUACACAGCAGCUUGUUCACAAGCAAGUGCUGUUCAUCUUUGAUGGUUUGGAUGAAAGCAGAUUUCCACUGGACUUUGAUGGAGCUGUGAGAAUAAGUGAAAUAGAUCGAAGAUCAACAGUUGAUGUUCUGCUGGCCAACCUCAUCCAAGGCAACCUGCUGCCUCGCGCUCUGCUCUGGGUAACAUCCAGACCUGCAGCUGCCAGUCAGAUACCUUCUAAAUACAUUGACCAGAUGACAGAAGUCCAAGGUUUCACUGAGCAACAAAAAGAGUCAUACUUUAGGAAGAGAUUCAGCACUGCUAAUCAGGCAGAAGAAAUCCUGUCUCGUCUUAGAGGAAUGAUCAGCUUCUAUUUCAUGGGCCAUAUCCCAGUGUUUUGCUGGAUCAUCGCUGAGGUGUUUAGGAAAGGAUGGAGUGAUGAGAGGAGCCGCGGCAUCACAACGAUGACAGAGCUGUACAUUUAUUACUUACUAAUUCAAACACAAAGAACGAGACAGAAAUAUGCAGGGAAAAGCUCCAAGAAGAGGUCCAAACAGAAGAAGUCUCAAGCCCAGAACUCUGCCAUGCUUUUGAACUUGUCCAAGUUGGCAUUUGAACAGCUGCAGAAAGGAAACAUCAUAUUCUAUGAAGAGGACCUCACAGAAAGUGGCAUCGAUGUUGGUGAAGCAUCAGUGUUUUGUGGAUUUUGCUCAGAGAUUCUUAAGGAAGAACGAGGCCUGUACAAGAAGAAGAUGUUCAGCUUUGUGCAUUUAAGCUUUCAGGAGUUUCUUGCAGCUCUCUACAUGCACCACUGCAUCCUGACGGACAACUUCAGUACUUUGAAGUCUUUCCUGGGUGUCGACCCGACAGAUCUGAGCUUUCUGGAUUUGCAGAAAAAGGUUGUGGAUAAAGCCUUGCAAAGUGAGAAAGGUCAGUUAGAUCUGUUUCUGUGUUUCUUCCUUGGAUUUUCUCUGGAGUCCAAUCAAACAGUGCUGCAGGGUUUACUGCCACAGGUAAAGAGCAGCUCGGACACCACCGAAGAGAUGAAGGGAUACCUGAAGAAUUUCCAUGUCAAAGACAUCCCACGCGAGAGGUACAUGAACCUUUUCCUCUGCAAGUUUGAGCUGAAGGAAGAGAGAUUUCAGGAUGACAUCAGAAUGUAUCUGGAUUCAGGAGCGAGACUCUCGACCAUCGACUGUGCAGUACUGUCGACCAUGAUGCAGAUAUCAGGGGAAGUGCUCGAGGAACUUGAUCUGACGAAUUCUGUCACACCGUUUAUUGGGACUGAGAAACUUGUCCAGCAAAUGAAGAACUGCAAGAAGGCUGUACUUAAGAGUGAGCAUAUAAGCAAUGAUUGCCUGGGUGUACUACUGUCCAUUCUUCAGUCAGCAGACUCUUGCUUAAGAGAGUUGUGCCUGGUGUGUUACUCUAACGUCAGUGAUGGUUUUCCUUAUGCUCUCAUUGAUGUACUGGGAUUUCCUGAGUGUAAACUGGAGAUACUGAGGUUAUCUGGGUUUUCUCUAGACUUUAGGAAUUGUCACAUUCUGACCUCAAUCCUUCAAUCAAAACAAUCACCUCUGAAGGUCCUGAGCUUCACUAACUGCAUGUACAGUUAUCCAAAGGAUUACAGUGGAUAUUAUACAAGAGAGUUGAAAAGAAAUGAAAACUAUGAAGAUUUCAUUGAUGAAUUAACUCUGUUGACUAUGAUUCCUUCUGCUUUGAUCGGUCCAGUCUGCAGACUGGAGCAGUUCAGCAUGCCUGGCUGUUGCCUGAAAAAUAAGUGCUGUCAGGUGUUUGCUUCAGUUCUCAGCUCCAACUCCCAGUUGAGGCAGCUUGACCUCAGUUGCAAUGACUUACAGGAUUCAGGUGUGCAACUGCUCUCUGCUGGACUUGGGAGUUCAAAAUGUAGGCUGGAAACACUGAGGCUGUCAUGUUGUGGGAUCACAGAGGAAGGUUGUGUCUUUCUGGCCUCAGCUCUGAAGUCCAACCCCUCCCACCUGAGAGAGCUGGACCUGGGCUACAACCAUCCAGGCGUGUCAGGAGUGAAACUGCUGUUGGAGCGACUGGAAGACCCAGAAUGUAGACUGGAAACGCUCAAGUUGUCUGUCAUGAGAUUUAUUCUAAAGACACUUCUUCAGCUGAGAGUCGGAGAGUAG